AUGGUGCUUCCAGAAUCAUUUGAUAUCAAUCUCAAGCCUUCAAACAAAUCCAUGGUCCAGGGAUGUCCUGGUGUUCCAAAGACAUAUGUGAGUACAGGUAUCCCAGUACCAUUAGAUUCCGUGGAAUUGAAAUUUGUCACUGUUGAUACAUUAAAGAGUAAACCACAUCGAGAUAUUGCACCAUCUUUGAAAAAAAUUAAUUAUGAAACUAAAUACACGAUAAAUGAUCGUGUGAUAUCUGUUGAUAUCCCAUUUAUAAUUGGAAUUAAGAAUGAUAUUGGUCCCACUGCUGAAAGUAUGAAAUUUGGUACUACAACCCAUGCUUUAGAAGUAACUGCAAUUUCUACAGGUGUUAAGAAUAAUAUUAAAACAUUUGAAUUCCCAGUUGUAAUAACAACUUAUGAUACAUUACCACUUUAUAGACAAUUUAAUGAGCCAAUUUCUAGAGUGGUGGAUUCAAGAGAUAAUAAUGUUAUGAUUGAAUAUUCAUUACCUUCAUCUGCUAUAGGACCAGAUGAAGAAUUAGUUGUUAAUACCAAAAUCACUGCAAAUCCAUCAAACAGAAGAAUGAUUGAUAAGAUAAAAUUGAAAAAAAUUACAUUAGAAAUUGUGGAGAUUUUUGAUUGUAGAUGUGAAAGAUCAUUUAUUAAAGAAGCUUUAGUGGCACAAAAACAUCAAGAUUAUGAUAAUUUAUACAUUGGUACAAAAGGUUAUUCAAAUCAAUUUAGUAUAACUUUUAACCCUAAUAGAAUGAAUAAAUAUUCAUUAUUAUUAAAACAACAAGAUCCAAAAUUAUUAAAUAAACAACCACAAGAUUUCCCUACCAAUGAUUUAAAACCUAUAAUAAUUGAACAUCAACCAAAUCCAAUCCCCUUAACUCAUCAUCAACCAUUAACUAAAAGAUCAAAUUAUUUUAGUACAUAUUAUGAAUUAAGAGUUAAAUGUAAAUUCUCACAUGCAAAAGAUACAGAAAUUCAACAACCUAUUACAAUAGCACCAUUUGAUCGUGUUAAAAGUAUUAAAUUAUUAAAAUGGAUCUUGAAAGAAUCUGAAAUGGCUAAUGAAUUUUUAAAAAAAAUUGAGAAUGAAUUAGGUAAGAUCUCAUAUGAUAAUAAAUAUGAUACUUUAGUUUAUCCUCAAAGAAAGAUGUUAAAAAUGAGAUCAAAAGAUGAUAGAGAAGCGUUCAAUUGA